AUGACUAUUGACCCUUCCGGUAAAGGGACUACUGGAAUAUGCUUAAUUAUAAAAAAAUAUCGACCAGAAAUUAUUGUUUACGAGACAACUAAUUAUAUCCACAAAAGAAUACCCGGAACCUUAACUUUGCUAAAAUUAAUCGGUGGCAUCGUUGGGAUAAAAUAUACUUUUGACUUUGUAAAACAAAUAGAUAGUAUCGCAGUCAACCAAGUAAAGCCUUUUAAAGACAAAUUAUUCACCGGUCGGGAACAAUUGGAAAAUCUAACUUGUGAAGCCGGGCGAGGUAAAGGUUGGAAAUAUAAGCAAGAAAGGAUUAGUUUACACCAAUUAGAUGCCUUAGUAAUUUAUCAUCUGUGA